GAUACACACAUGUUUGCUUUCUUCAUUGAUUUGUUUAUCAUGAUUAUCUCAUUCUAAUUUGCUAAACAAACGAAGAAAAAUGUCAUCCUGUGAACAAGCAUCACCGAAAGAUCGAAUCGUUUUCAUUACCAAACAAGAUUAUGAUCAUAAUCGUUCAUCAUUGGAUAGAAUGAAAUUACCUGAAUUACCUGAAAGUGAACAAAGUCGUGGUCUGAUUAUGCCAAAUGGUGAAUUGAAUUUUAAUUGUCCUUGUUUAGGUGGAAUGGCUUCUGGACCUUGUGGUUUUGAAUUUCGUGAAGCAUUUAGUUGUUUUCAUUAUUCUACCAAUGAAGUAAAAGGUUCUGAAUGUGUGGAUAAAUUUAUCGAAAUGAAUAAUUGUAUGACUAGAUAUCCGAAUCUUUAUGCAAAUGAAAAUGCUGCUAUGAAUGCAGAGCCAGCUGAUUUUAUGCAAAGUGGUGGUAAUGAUGAACAGUUACAACAACAACAACAACUAAACACCAUUGAUCGAACCGAACAAUCAACGUAGAUAAAUUGUUAAUAAUUUUUGUAGAAUAAAUAAAAAAU